UUUCAAAGCCGGACCAUAUAUGAAUUAGGACUUGAUGACUUAGUGUCCCCGGAACUAUAUUUACAUAGUUUACAAUAUUAGCUAGCAGGGCUCAUUCUUCAUUUUCGUUUCUGGUGAUGAGCUGAUUCUUGAUCACUGAGAGCCUUCCUAGCUUGCUAGCCAAUAUGAAUUCCUUUGUGCUCUUUGAGUCGUCUUUGAUUCCUCUGUUUUUUAUCACAUCCUUCCUGACGAUCAACUUUCAAUCAAGUGUGUACGCUGAUACAGUGGAAUAUAGCGAGUGCAGCCAAACUAUUACCUGCGGGAGCGUCACGAGCAAUAUCUCUUACCCCUUUUGGGGAGAGAACAGACCCGAAUACUGUGGCAAAUCUGGGUUUGAGGCUACAUGCACUGAUGACGAUGUCCCGAUGAUCACCAUGAAGAAAAUCGAAUUCAGACUUCUCGACAUGAGCAAUAGCACUAAUCUAACGACUGUGACAGUUGCAAGGAACGAUUACUGGGAUUCUCUCUGUCCUCCGAAUUUAAUUACCACAGACCUCGACUACUCUCUGUUUAAUUAUACAUCUGGCCCUCAAGACGUAUCUUUUUACUACGGAUGCAGUUUGCCUGCCGAGAUUGCCCCAACGAUCUCAGGGUUUGAUUUUUCUGCUAUCACGCGUGAUUGCAGCAAUGGCGUCACCGUUUCGUUUCUCACUGAGAAGCAAAUUGCUAAGAUUCCAGCUUCAACUAACUUGAGCACAAUCUGUCCUAAUGUGGUUUCGGUUCCAGUGUCUGCGUCGGCUUCUGAUGCGCUCGACAACAAUCAAACAUCAACUAUCGAGGCUGCUGUAAAAGGUGGUUUUGAGUUGAAUGUGCAGAUUGUUGAUACUGGUGUUUGCAAGGACUGUGUGGCCUCAGGAGGACUUUGUGGGCAGGACACUACUACCCGUGCCUUCAUUUGCUAUUGCCAGAAUGGAACUUCACCAAAUACAUGCGAUUCAAAUUCUGCAACACCAGAUGCAGCCAAUUCAUCAAAAGGUAUCAAUUAUAUUUACGCUUUCCCUGCGUGUCAAUGUUACCUCUUUUGUUCUUUUAUUUCAAUAACUGGUAACCAAAGAUAUGAUUUAGAUGAGUGA